CUCUCGCACUGCUGUCGUGAUAGAGCACCGUGGAUGUGUUAUAGACUCAGUGGCGGUGGUCCGGAUGCGUAUGUCUGCUUAUGCGCGCGAUUAUCUUCUUCAGCCAUCAACUCAACGGAGAGUUCCCGCGAGGGCUCUGGGCGCUGGAUUCGUCGGGACUCUGAUCGGACCAGUCUGAAGGGUAAAGUUAAACACACCUGAGGUUCGAUCCUGAGACUGAACACAAGAUAGAUUGGCAUAUCAUAGUGAGUGAGUCAAUGACUACCGUGGAGCUCUUGUAUCUGACUCAGUAGUGCGGAGUCAUCACAUCAUCGGAUCCGGAGAGAGGAGAGAAUGGACCGACAGAGGGAUUUCAGGAUGCAGUGCAGACCUUUUGAAAGGAGUGUACCCAUGGAAAGGCUGCUUCUGUGCCUAGCUCUGUUUUCCUUGCCUUCCUAUGCCAUGCUGUGCCCCAAGCGCUGUACCUGCCAGAAUUUGCUUCCCUCAUACACCGUGCUGUGUGCCAAAACCGGCCUGCUCUUCAUACCACCCAAUAUCGACCGCCAGACUGCUGAACUGCGACUGAUGGACAACUUCAUAACGACUCUGCAUCAUAAAGACUUUGCUAACAUGAGCAGUCUCAUACACCUCACGCUCUCCCGAAAUACUAUCAGCCAGAUUAGACCAUAUGCCUUCGCUGACCUGCAGGAUCUACAUGCACUGCAUCUUGAUGCUAACCGGCUAACAAUCCUGGAUGACACUCACCUGCAGGGUCUGGUUAAUCUACGCCACCUAAUACUCGCCAACAACCAGCUUCAUAGCAUCUCAUAUGGGGCCUUCCAGGACUUCUUAGAGACUCUUGAGGAUCUUGAUCUGUCUUAUAACAAUCUGAUGGAUGUACCAUGGGAUACUAUAGCCAUGUUAGCUAGCGUUAAUACCCUGAGUCUGGAUCACAAUCUUAUUGAGUUUGUGCCUGAAGGGAUAUUUUCGAAUCUUCACAAACUGGCCAGACUUGAUAUGACGUCCAACAAACUGAAGAAGAUCCCCCCAGACCCUCUCUUUCUACGUAUCCCUGUCUAUGCUAAAUUGAAAGGCUCGCCAUUGACUGCAUUAGUGCUUAGUUUUGGUGGAAACCCGCUGCAUUGCAACUGUGAGCUGGUUUGGCUCCGACGCCUCACUAGGGAAGAUGAUCUGGAGACUUGCGCUUCACCUCAAGAACUAGCUGGAAAGUACUUCUGGACCAUUAGAGAGGAAGAGUUUGUGUGUGAGCCACCCAUGAUCACCCGUCACACUUCUAAGAUGUUUGUCAUGGAAGGUCAAGAGGUCAGUCUGCGAUGUCGCUCUGUUGGAGACCCUGAACCAACCGUCCACUGGGUUAGUCCUGAUGGAAAGCUGAUCGGUAACACCUCGCGCACCAUAUGUUAUGAAAACGGCUCUCUUGAUAUCUUAACAGCUACGGUGAAAGACUCAGGUGUGUUUACAUGUAUAGCUUCGAAUGCUGCGGGUGAGGCCACAGCUCCAGUGGAAUUAGUAGUUAACCCCUCACCACAUUAUAAUCCCAAAAUGGAUGCAGAACCUGGACCCUCGGACAUGCCUACUUCCAUAAAGUCCAACAGUAGUGGCAGUGGGGGCCAGGCACGAGCAGAUCAGAGGGUCAUUGUCUCUGAAAUCACCUCAACAUCAGCAAUGAUCCGUUGGCCUCCACAGAGCCAUAUCCCUGGAGUCCGCAUGUACCAGAUCCAGUACAACAGCUCCACUGAUGACAUUCUCAUAUACCGAAUGAUUCCCGCCUCCCAUAAGUUGUUCUUACUGAGUGACCUGGCAUCAUCACGGGACUUUGAGCUUUGUGUCUUGGCCGUCUACGAUGAUGGUAUCACAGCUCUUACUGCUACCCGAUUGGUCGGUUGUGUGUCCUUUAGCACGGAUCGUGAGUUCCGCCACUGCCGCUCAAUCCAUGACCAGUUCCUGGGUGGCACCAUGAUAAUUGUGAUAGGUGGAAUCAUUGUUGCGUCAGUCCUUGUCUUCAUUUUCAUCCUUCUGAUGAAGUAUAAACUUCACAGUCAGCACUACAAGCAGAAGGCUGCCCAUGUCAGCAACGUUUGUUCUCAAACCAACGGUGGCCAGCAGGGGGUGGCAUCGGGCCCUCCACCCAGUUCAUCCUCCUCCUCUGGCUCUGCCAGCAAGCCCUCUGCCCCUCUCGGGUCAGAUAGAAAAGAUGGGUCGCAUGGCUUAGAGGGGGGCUAUGGAGCACUAAAAGGGACCACUGUGGUGGACUUGAACCCAGAACAUGGCAAAUCAAUAAAAGAGGAUGACUCCAUAUCGCAAUAACACAGGGAUAAAAUCCCACCUCACUUCCCAUCCUCUUCACACCACAAUCAAACCUGUUUAUUAUUAUUUGUAUUAUUAUACUAUUUUAUGUACUUGAGGUCCUGCUGCCUUCCUGAGGAUUAUCUACUGUCCAAGAAAUUGGGACGCAACCUCUCCCCUCCCACCCUGCCGACAGCGGAACCAGAAUCCCUCCAGACUGCAGCACAGCAUGCUGUGCUAAAAAUAGACAUCUGAAUGAGGCCUAGCAAUAACAAGCUCUCUGCAGAUAGCUAACUGCAAUGUAUCAGGACUUGUCCUUGCUGUUGAUGAGGCAAACUUCUCAGUCUGGAUGCAAGAUGCAGAAUGCCAGAUUAAAUGGGAUUGAAGCCAGUCAGUCUAUCAGUAUGAAAAGAUGUGGGUGGAAAGCAAAUACAACAGCCAUUCUGUGUUCAGUUCCUUAUGCAAGACUCUCCCCAGUCCAUGGAUAUUAUGUGCCUCUUUGGAGCAUUUGAGCAAGAUUUUAUAUUUUAGUUUUUAUUUUUUAAACCAGAGGCUAUUGCCCCAAAAGAGAAGAAUCAUCAAACCACUUUUAUGGAAAUAGGGAGGUAAACACACCCCAUUGGGAGUAUGUUGUGGUUAUUUUUUCUUAACAUUUGGAAAGUUUUAUUAAGGAACUUUGGUGUUUAAUGUAUGAAGGAGCACCAAUCUCAGCUAUGGUCCAGUGCCAAAGGAUUGAUAUCUCUGGAUUUAAUGCUUUCCUGGAGGCUCAUGUGGAUACAGUCUUAUCAAAGUUCAAUGAAACAUUGAUGAGCCCAUAUUGAGUUAACAUCUGUGGAUCCUCUUGAACACUUUAUUAUGGAUUCAACUGUAUUGUCUCAGCUAAUGACUCUGGAUCUCUCUUUUUAUUGGGAAACUGAACACAGUGGAUCAAUAUGUAGCUGAUUAACAAUCAUGGGGAGUGUGUUCUUGGGAUCUGGAGAUUAGGUCAAACUGGAGAGGCACCACCAGAACAUUGAUUACCACACUGCACUAAAAGUUUCAGAAUCUCACGUAUUAACAAGGAUUUAUUUGUAAGGCAGUUUUGAAAACUCUACAUCUGACAACAGACUAUGUGAAAGCAGGAUAGGCUGUGCUAAAUAUACUGUAGGCCUCUUUGACAUUUGGCCUGCUAAAAUAAAUGCUGUUCUUUUGUCUUUUUUUCUUUUUUCUCUAAUUGACUGUGUACGUAUUUGUAUGUGAAGUACACUUUCAACCAUCUCUGAUUUGAAUCACUUGAUUUUAAGGAGAAAAUAAUAAAAACA